GUUGACUUUGCCAUCCCACUUCUCUAACACUGACAUUAGCUCUGAGACCGACUCACGCGCAGUGCUCAGCCAAACAGGCGAGGGGAAAGGUCCUGCUGUGCUACUCAUCUCUCAACCACAGAGGCAUCACCCGUCUGCUGCACGAUGGCGACCUCAACACCGUUGACCACAGCACCGUUGGCCACCGUCGCUGUGAACAUCAAUCAAUCCAUCACUUGUGAUGUUUUCAUCUACCAGGAGGUGGCUCACAUCAUCUUCCCCAUCUUCUACACCAUCGUCUUCUUCAUCAGUCUCCUGGGCAACAGCCUGGUGCUCCUCAUCACGUGCCAGCGGCAGCAGAAGGUCAACGCCACCUCCAUCUACCUGAUGAACCUGGCCGUGUCCGACGCCCUCUUCACCCUGGCGCUGCCCGGGCGCAUCACCUACUACGUGCGCAAGUUCGACUGGCCGUUCGGCGACGUGCUGUGCCGCGUCACGGCCGUGCUCUUCUACUCCAACACGUACGCCGGCAUCGCCUUCAUGACCUGCAUCAGCCUGGACCGCUACCUGGCCAUGGUCCACCCGCACCGCGCCCAGGGCCUGCGCAAGGUGCAGACCGCCCGGCGGGUCAGCUGCCUGGUGUGGACCAUCGUGAUCCUGGAGACGGCGCCGUUCCUCUUCCGGACGAUGGUGCAGGAGUCCCAGGGCCGCCGCACCUGCAUGGAGUACUUCAACCUGCAGGCGUCGCCCGCCCUGCCCUACGCGCUGCUGGCGGCCUGCACGGUCGGCUUCGGCUUCCCGCUGGGACUCAUCCUGUUCUGCUACACCCGCAUCCGGCUCAAGCUGUCCCGCUCCAGCAACCCCGUGGUGGAGCGCUCGGGCCGCAGCGGCCGGGCCAAGAGCAUCAUCCUGGUCAUCCUGGCCACCUUCUUGGUCUGCUUCAGCCCCUACCACAUCACCAUCAUGCAGUUCAUGGUGCGGAACCUGCUGGCCGAGCCCACCUGCGACGACCUGAAAGGAUUCAAGAUGGCGCUGCAGGUGACCGUGUCGCUCAUGAACCUCAACUGCUGCCUGGACCCGCUCAUCUACUUCUUCGCCAUCAAGACCUACAAACGGCGCGUGGUCAGCUUCUUCAAGCUGCGCCUGUCCACCACUGGAGCUGUCACCACCAACACCAAAAGCUUGCAAGAGAACAGCAGUAGCAACACAUGAGCGACUGCCAAGGAGAUUAUCAUUUGCAGUUCUGUGAUCAUCCACACUCUGUAUAUCUGUGGUUUAUAUACAUAUGUAGAAAUGUAGUAGAGUUCACUAGCAGUGUGAACAAGCUGAGCAGAGUGAUCUAGUCGUCUGAACAUCUGGGAAGGUAGAGUCAGACAUGUGAAUGCUAUGAGCUACAUGCAAUUGGCAUUCACCAAUUGACACCAAUAAUACACCAAUUUGUAUUCAUUGGUAUUGGUCACCUGUAAUGGUUACAGGUGAACAUAAACAUAAACAUGUUCUUUAUUGUUCAGCCUAGACCAAGGCCUGGCCUAAACCUUAACCCUUAGAGCUUUUUUAUUGUUAUUAUCAAUGUCUUGUUAUGCAAGUUCUAAUAUCAGUUGUAUGCGUUGUAAAUUACAGUACAGUUACAGGUUUAAAAAGGGCUAUGGUCUAUACAGUAUUUCCACAGAUGUCUGUUAACAUGGAGGCAAAGGGGCCAGUGGUUCCCCUGUAUGCUAUGCAACUCUGAGUUUUGUGUAUCAUUUUCUGAUAGUAUAGCUAUAGGAUUCCAAAAUGUAAUAUUCAAAAGCUGUUGUGAGGUUGUUCAUCUGUGAUUCAAUGCAACUUUGCGGAAGCACUAUAUGGACUUAAAGUGAUGAUGUGAAUAGCAAUAUAGUAAUAGUCUGAUAAAUCUUGGUAAAAGCUUUAUUUAGUGUCAAGACACUCUAUCCAGUUGUGUACUAUUAGGUAUUUUAUAUCAAGUGCUAACGAUUUCCUAUCCAAGAUAUUGUACACUUGUGAAUGUGUGUGUGUGUGUGUGUGUGUGUGUGUGUUUGUGUGCUAAUGCACAUUUGCUGAUAAUUAUGGGAGGCUUAAGUGAUUCUCUCUCUCUUCUUCCUUCCCUCUAUCUUUCUCUCACACCCAAAUUAUAUUUGUGGUUUGACAUGUUGCAUGAGUGUGAAUUUUGAGAAAUCUCAAGCAUGUUUCACAGUGGAAAUUAUAUUUGUGUUUUCCUUUCAGUCUUACAUGUGGCAUAAGUGUGAAUUUCGAGGAUCUCAAUAGUAUGCCUCACAGUGGCACGGGUGGUGGUGGUGGUGGUAAUGUAAGAAAUCAAUAAAAGGUUUCCAAGAAA